AUGAUACCCCGAUGGAUUCAGCUGGUGGGCUGCCUAUUACUGGCGCUCAUGUUGCCGCCGAGCGCUGCGAAGAAAGACAAACCCGGCAUAUCUUUCCAUAAACUCCACGAGAAGCCGUAUUCUAUGUUCUAUUUCGAGAAGUCUGAUACUGUUUUGUUAAAUUUGGAGGACGGAGAAGUUCUACGUUCGUUUGACGCUGGCGAAAACUGGGAAGUGAUUGAGGACAAUGGCAUGAAGCACGGAGUGACUUCCAUCCACCAGCAUCCUUUCGACGAGGAUAAAGCUUACGCGCUGGGAGAUGACGGGAAACACUGGAUAACCACGGAUAAAGCAAAAACAUGGAAGUCUUUUAAGGUUCCAGACCAGGCAUAUUUCAAAAGUCCACAAACGGGCCCUCUAACGUUCCACGGACGGGAUUCCAGCAAAGUCAUUUUCGAAACAAGACCGUGCCCUUCAUGUGCGCCACGAUCAUACUAUACAACAGACGACUUCGAUACAAUAGAAGUGCUGACAGAAAGCGCAGUGGGGUGCUACUGGGCAGUUGGAAAUCCUCAAUUCGCAGCAGGUCCCAAUAUGCCAAAAGGCAUGGAAGAGCGCACUGUUUGUGUAGUCCCAGGUCUCAAGGCGUCGUCAAGGUUUGCCUUUCGAUUGGUCUACUCUGACGACUACUUCCGCAGCCAAGGGAUCGAGACGAAACUUCAGGAUGGCCGACCAGUAUCUGGUGUGACCAGUAUCGCGCAAGUCAAGAGCUUCAUCGUCGCGGCUGUCGAAUCUCAAGGAACCACUGAGCGUGCUCUAUAUGUAACAACAGAUAUUGAAAAGUGGCAUCGGGCGGAAUUCGGAGACCAUAGGCUGGAACAAGACGCGUACACUGUGCUGGAGAGCAGUGAUUAUAGCCUUCAGGUUGACGUUCUAACAAAUCCGUUCAGCGGCAUGGGUGUACUUUUCACUUCUAACUCGGAUGGCACCUAUUUUACUCGCAACAUUGAACACACUAAUCGCGGCCCAAGGGGCUACGUUGAUUUCGAGAAAUUAGCUGCUAUCCAAGGGAUAGUAUUGGUAAAUACUGUCAGAAAUCCGGACGAUGUCGAGGCCGGUGCAUCCAAAGAGGUUGUCAGUCAGAUAAGCUUCGAUGACGGAAGGACUUUUCAGCCUCUAAAAUCAACUGAUGGGCAGCGAAUCCAUCUCCAUUCAGUUAAUUCGGACACAAACCUUGGACGAGUUUUUUCCAGUCCCGCCCCUGGAUUGGUAAUGGGAGUGGGUAAUACCGGUGAUUACCUCGGUAAGCGCUCAGAUGGGCAUUUGUAUGUCAGCGAUGAUGCAGGCCUUACUUGGCGCCUUGCUCUUAAAGGGCCGCACAAGUAUGAAUUUGGUGAUCAAGGGGCAGUGCUAGUGGCAAUUAGCGAAGCACCCAAAGUUAAAAAGAUUGAAUACUCUCUUGACCAUGGAAAAGAGUGGAAGUCAGUCGAUCUUCCUCAUGAGGUCGAUGGUGAAACAUCUACUCUAACCACGACCCCUGAUUCAACGAGCUUGAAGUUCAUCCUACUUGGGCACUCGAAAGGAGAACCCUCUGUUUAUGCAAUUGACUUUGAGGAUUUGCAUGAACGAAAAUGCGAAGAUGAAGACUUUGAUAACCAUUGGCCUGCUCGAUUGGAUGAACAUGGAGAACCAGAUUGCCUGAUGGGCCAGAAACAAUUUUUCAGACGCAGGAAGGCUAAUGCUGACUGCUUCGUUGCGGAGGCAUUCAACAGUUCUAUGUCGAAAUUCGAGCCGUGCAAAUGUACUGUUGAGGACUUCGAGUGCCAGUCUACACGGACUGAGGAUGGCAAAGACUGUGUUCCACCGAAGUCUUUUACCCCCCCAGAUGGAGACUGUAUAAACCCAGAUGAUACGACCAUGAUUCCGUCGGGCUGGAGGUUGAUUCCCGGCGACGUUUGUGUUCGCGAUGAUGGGGUUAACCUCGACAAAGAUGUUGAAAUACCCUGCAAAGAUGUCAACAAUAGGCCGAAGAGCAAAGAAAUUACCUCUACCAUGAAGAUGUUCAGCUCGGGCUUGUCCGCUUACAGGUACCUCGAACGUCAAGUGUCGAAUCUUGGGGAAGAUGAGACGGUCCUGAUGCUCAGCCGCAAUCAGGAAUUAUUCGUGUCUCAUGACCAUGGCCAAACCUGGCAGCAAGAACUAAAAGGGGCCAGCAUUAUGAAAAUCGUCCCUCACCCUUACAACAGUGAUACCGCCUAUAUCCUUACUGACAGCGAGGAGGUGUUUUACACCAUAAACCGAGGCGCGACGUUUGGGUCUUUUAGAGCGAAGACGCUUCCGGACUACGAAAAUGGUCCAAUUCUGAGGUUCCAUCCUUUAAAGAGAGACUGGUUACUCUGGGUUGGUACAGAAUGCGACUCUGGCAGCUGCCACUCCAACGCCUAUUUUAGUGAUGAUCGAGGGGACUCUUGGAAGACCAUUUUGCGCCAUGCCAAAAAAUGCGAGUUCGAGUAUAAGGAAAAUCGUCCAGACAGCUUGUACCUCGUAUUCUGCGAGCAAUAUGAAAAUGAGGACGACAAGAAACGGCUGCAAUUGAUGUCUACAACUGACGAGAGGUUCUCCGACUGGGAAACUGUUGAAGAAAAUCUUGUGGAAUAUGCCACCAGGGCUGAAUACAUCAUACUUGCUUCCCACACAGAUAAAGAUAACGCUUUGAAGGCUAGGGUUAGUGUCGACGGUACAACAUUUGCCGAUCUGAAGUUUCCGCCCAAUGUCGUGCCAGCUCAAAAUCUAUACACCCUUGUUGACGCCUCUGAGCACGCCAUCUUCCUGUAUGUCGGAGGGAGUAAUAACACCGGCUCAUUGAUAAAAAGUAACAGCAACGGCACAACAUAUGUCCUUAGUUUGGAUGCCGUGAACCAAAACGACUGGGGAUAUGUUGAUUUCGAGAGAAUGCAGGCUUUGGAGGGUGUCAUAAUUGCGAAUAUUGUCAGCAAUGUUGACGAGCUUUCCGACGGAGCACCCAAGAGGCUGAGGACAAUGAUCACUCACAAUGAUGGUGGUGAGUGGACAUUAUUAGCACCGCCAACCAAGGACGCCAAUGGCAAGAAGUUCCCCUGUUCUGUUGUUGAGGGGAAAGGCACUGAAGAUUGUGCGCUUCACCUUCACGGAUACACCGAGCGCGCAGAUCCGCGAGAUACAUUUUCCUCCGGUUCCGCGAUUGGCUUGAUGAUGGGCUUGGGCAACGUGGGGGAUCGGCUAACCAGCAAAGAUGAAGCAGACACCUUCCUGACCAUGGACGGUGGGAUCACCUGGAAGUCCGUCAAGAAAGGUAGAUAUAUGUGGGAAUAUGGCGACUCAGGGUCCGUAAUUGUGAUCGUAUCUGAACAGAAGUCAACAAAAGUCCUGCAUUACAGCACCGACGAGGGCGCCACCUGGCAGGACUAUUAUUUUUCGGAUGAGGAAAUUGAGGUUAUUGAUAUCUCCACUGUACCCUCAGAUACCUCAAAGAAAUUCAUUCUAUGGGGCAAAAAAUCGGACGAGCUUGUUACCGUCAAUGUCGACUUCAGCGGGCUUUAUGAUAGGGACUGUGAAUUCGACGACAAGGGUGGAGAUGUCAGUGACGAUUAUCAGCUCUGGACCCCGAAGCAUCCAUUCCAGGAGGAAAAUUGUUUGUUCGGGCAUGUUGAGCAAUAUCGUCGCAAGAAACCUUCAGCUGAAUGUUGGAAUAAUUGGCGGGGACCGCAUCUGCACAGUAUCCAAAGAAAUUGCACUUGCACUACAGCUGAUUACGAAUGUGACUAUAACUACGAACGUCAAAAUGACGGCACAUGCAAGCUUGUGCCUGGUUUGAAACCACAUGAUCCAGUUGGCUAUUGCAAAGCCCAUCCAGAUGCGAUCGAGUAUUUUGAGCCUACUGGAUACCGUCGCAUUCCUCAGACGACGUGUCAAGGUGGCUAUAACUUGGACCAUCAGACCGCAAAGCCUUGCCCUGGGAAGCAACAAGAGUACGAUAAGAAGCAUGGAAUUAGUGGCAUCGGGCUUUUCUUCGCCAUCGUGGCACCUAUUGCUGUUGCAGGAGCUGUCGGUUAUUAUAUCUAUACCAAAUGGGAUGGCAAAUUCGGCCAAAUUCGGCUCGGAGAAACUUCAACCGGGACACAAGGAAUUCUAUCUCGAGAUUCCUUGCUGGUUACUGUUCCGAUAGCCAUCAUAGCUGGCAUUGUUGCUGUCGCGAAGGCGCUUCCAUUGCUGGUUACGAGUCUAUGGCGGAGUGCUAGCGGAUAUAUGCGUGUUGGUAAUCGCAGCUACCCACGCCCAUACGCAUCUAGGGCUUCGUUCGCUGCUCGACGAGGCGAUUAUAGUAGCGUGGUUGAAGAUGAAGACGAGCUACUUGGUGUCGUAGAUUUUGAUGGCGACGAAGAGGAGGAUUCAUAA